AUGGCCAGGCAGUUAGAUGCCGCCUCCGUCGUUGAAUUAGAUGCAUCUGUGCUGCACAGAGUGGAUCUCCGCCUGGUUCAAAUUAAGGCCCCACAGGACGUGGUGUUCGCUCGCGGCAGCAACUCUCUCAUACAUGUCUAUCAGGCAGCAGUCUCACUUGUGAGCUGCUUUGGUGGUGGCGUUUUUCUCGCUACAUGCCUACUUCAUCUGCUUCCUGAGGCACGCAACCAGUUUAACAAAGGCAUCGUGGACCGUUGGGAAAAUGUACCCGACUUUCCAUUUGUCGAGUUCCUCUGCAUUGGGGGCCUUCUCCUCGUUCUUAUAAUUGAGCAGGUGGCACUUUUCUGGAAGGAAGCUCAUUCAAGGGCCACUUUUAAUGCCUCGUCUCCAUUUGGCCGGGACACGCCUGUGGCGAACUAUGGUAGCCUCCAGCAGUCAGACUCAUAUGGUGACGGACUUGUGCGUGGUGUGGCCGACAACACCGGCGUAGAAGAUGCAGAGGCAGAGGAGCAUACUAUGGAAUCCAUGCACGGAGACCCCAACUCUCACUCCAGCCUCCGGUCCAUAGUGCUUGUGCUGUCCCUCUCACUGCACUCAAUCUUUGAAGGAAUCGCCAUAGGCUUGCAGCCAAAUGUACAGCUCCUGCUUCAAAUCCUGGUGGCAGUGUCCAUACACAAGAGCAUCCUAGCUGUUACCCUAGGAAUCAACCUGGCGCACAGCCGACUCGGGCGCUGCAGCAUUUUCACGAGUGCACUCACUUUUUCACUCAUGGCUCCGCUUGGCAUGGUGUUUGCCAUACUUAUUAUGCAAGCAGACACCGGGGAAGCAGCUUUGUUGAAUGGCAUUCUUCAGGGCUUGGCAUGUGGGACAUUCCUCUACGUGACUUUCUUUGAGGUGCUGCCCCACGAAAUGAGCCACACGCAUAACAGGCUACCAAAGGUGCUCUCUAUGGUCCUAGGUGUUGGCACCAUCACAAUGCUGCUCUUGUUUCUUCCUCACUGAUCACAUAUCUUUUAAUUACCUGCUACUGAUGAUGCUUGUGCUUGCUAAAAGCUUUGCCUGUCGCUGCAUGGCUCAUUGCAGGCAACAGUGUGGGUCCAUUAGUUGGUAUGUUAUCUAAAUGGGCCCAUGCGGCUCCAUUGAAAGCACUGUACCCUAUAGCUACUAUUCACAGUGAAUGGCCCUAACCUACUGCUGCUCAGUUGAAUAAGUGAAAUAUUAUCAGCAUGUACAAGAAGUGAAAGAUGUUUCAAUACACUGGCAGCUAAUGUGUGCAGUGUGAACACAGUGAAGCAAGCGAACCAGAAACAAAAUCUGCACAUUAUAGAGUGAACCUCUAUCUAAAGUUAGCACCCUGAUUGGCUUUGAAUUCAUGCACCCAUUUCAAAAAUAUAAUAUCCUAAUAUGGAAUGUAAGUAGUGGGAAGCAUUCAUUGCCAGUUAGAGUGCCCGACCAGGAUACCUUAUAUCCACAAUAUUGGAAUAUCCAUUAUAGUUCUUACCAAAUUAGAAGAAAUAUGCCAAAGGCAUUAGAUGUAAUCUGAGUGGCGCAAUAUAGCCAUUUCAGACAAAAGCAAGAUUGUAGAUUUUCUCAUGUUUUUCUUCUUUUCUGUGACAUACUCUGCAAAUUUUCCAAACGGAGCAUUCUAUCUUCACAUGUCUAAGUAUUGUAGGAAGUGUACCGAUCAUUGCAUUAUACCUGUUUCUCCAGGACAGAACAGAGAACUUUCCACAUGAAUCAAGAGUAAAAUUGUGCACAUUUUUCAUUUGCCUGCAUAGUCCAGUUUCAAGCUACAUUAUAUGCAAAUGCAGCUGUGUCACAGUACUGUGUUUUGUUUACCAUCUAUUCUCCAGUACAACUCGUGUUAGGUGACAGAGCUGCAAGGCUACUGUGGUUUUGUCUCAACCAAGCUUGCAACAAAAUUAAAUGGCUCUCGUAGCAAAGUUGCCUUUCAAGCCACUUCACUGAGAGCAAGCCCGAAUUUUUCAACGAGUAAUAACAAAGAAUUGUGCCUUGAGUUGGCAGUAUGUGAAGAUUGUCUGUAUUUUCUAGGCUGUGAUACAUAAGAGGAUAGUGACCUAUUUAAUGUGCUUAUUGUAACGUGACUGCUGUAGCUUGUACUAACCUUGUGCCCGGUGUGUCUUUUCAUUGUAUCUCUCUAUUUUUUUCCCCUUUUAGUCCAGACAGAAUCGUACCUGCAGAUAUUAAAUAAAUAAUAAAUAAAUAAAUCAUGAUUCUGAUUAGAAAAAGUAUUGCUGCAGCUAGCUUGGUUUACAUUCAGAAUGGAUUUUUUCCCCUGCUCAUUCUGAUGCUAUUGCAAGUAAUUGAGCAUAGUGAAGAAGCCAUGCAAAGUUCAUUUGCGCAGGGCAAGGGUUCCCAGCACCAUACUUUUUGGGCUCGUAUAUAGCAGGGAGUCUAUAGGUGUAGCUAGUCAGCCCAACAGAUGCCAUAGCCUGCAGGCAUCGUGUCAGCAUUCCAGUUAUAGAAACCCUUAUACAACAGCCACAGUGGCAGUUGCCACAACUCUCGUGCAACUGUGCAACUUUCAUGCAACAUUCAUGGAACUGUGCUUUUUCUAUUUACUUGCAGUGUGUGCAUGGUGCUUGCAAGCUUGAAUGCUUUGUAUAGGUAUAUAAAAUUUAGGAUGAUAUUGACAUGCCGCUCAAUGCAGUUAUCUUAAUUAUAUAACAGACAAAAUCUGGCACCUUGGCUCUAAAAGUGCUUUGUUUUUCUGCCAUGUUGUGAACAAAACUGUUAACCGAGUUACAUCAAAUGAACAGAUUUUUAAAAAUAUAUAAUGAUAUAGUUUCUGACUUUAUUUCACAUUCCAUCAUCGCCUCUCCGCACACUACUUUAACCAUUGCAGAACGAAAUCCAUGUUGGAACUUGCAUGAAGCUUGCAUUGCUUCGCAUGCAAGCAGACAGUGUUGGUUCAAACAUUUGUGUCUUGUUCUGAAGAGCUCUCUAGUGUGUUGCCCCUGCAAUGGCCACCGCGAAAAGUGAAUCACACAGGCACAGUUGUUAUACAUAAGCUUUGGUCACACCUGUAGCUUACGGUGAUCUUACCUUCAGUGCUGCAUUUCAAUCAGUCACAUUAGUUGCUGCUUCUGUGCCGCUCCGAGCACAGAAUUGUUUUGUUACUGAACAUGGGGCGUGCCUUUUAACAUGUGUAGGCAGUGUUGUACCAGUGAAUAAACGGAGCUGUUGACUUUU